AUGUUCCUCUGGGUGGUUCACGAUCGCGUUCCAGAAUGCGUGCAAAGUCACCCAGACGAGACAGUCGCGGAGCUCUUCAACAAAGUUCGGGAUACAUAUAGUCAACUCCGAUCGGGCACCGUUUGGCCGCCUGGCUUGGUCUUGCAGUUCCCACGUGGGAAAGGAUGCUGUGCUGGGUGGAUUGUUGGCGUGAACCAGCUUGGAGCAUAUUUUGGAACGGCAGUCAACGAAGCAACGAGAGUGGGGACUCUUGUAGACCUAGCCUUUGGAGAUGGGUGGUGUGGGACAGUGAACCCGGGGUAUGAGGAUUUCGUAGAAGUGCAGAUCCGAUCAGAAGCUGAAGCUAGGCCUGGGGACGAUAUGGAAGAUGCGGAUGACGGAUGUUCUUUCAAGCAUGAGCGGAUUGCAAAUCACAUGAAAUGCUCCUGCAGCGCUGUUACAAGCCACGACACCGGACCGCACGGGGGGCAACUGGUCAUGGUAGCUAAGAGCUAUGGGAUUCGCUCCAUAACCCCUGCGUCAAAAACUCCACUGGCUGACGACGUUCGAAGCGGAUCCAGUGCUGGAGUUCAAAUACUCCUGUACUCCCCGCGGAACAUGGGCAGCAACGCCGGCACGCCAGUGGGGUUGGAUCGAAAUCCCAAACGAAACAGUUGGGAACUAUUCCGACUCUUGCGUAUCGCAAGGAGCGGCAUCAAGCGACAGGAGCAGAAGACCUUCCUGUUCAUGGAUCGUUAUCCUCUAUAG